AUGAACAUUCUCUCAAUUCUCACUAUUUUUGCCAUUUUCUUCGUAGCUGUUUCAGCGAUGGGAAAUCCGGAAGAAGGAAAUCAAGGAAGACAUCAUCGUCAUCAAUGCAAAAAACAUCGCCAUAAUCAUGGAAAUGGAAAUGGAAACGGAGACGGAGAUGGAACAGAUGAUAGUAGCGAUAGCAGUCAAGGAAACGACAGUGGAAGUAACGAGCAACAACUCACUGUUGAGAUUGGAGCCGGAAAACCGAAGAAACAAUAA